AUGGCCUGUGAACCACAGAUGGACCCCGGUGAGGUGGCUGACCCAUUGCCCACCUCCUCUACUGGCCGGAGUGCCCUGCCUGGAGGGACCCCUCCCAGCUGGGGGCCAGAGCUCCGCAAUGGCCAGGUCCUCACAGUUCUCCGGAUCGACAAUACCUGUGCCCCCAUCUCCUUUGACCUGGGAGAUGCAGAAGAGCAGCUGCAGACAUGGGGCAUUCAGGUUCCAUCCGAACAGUACAGGAGCUUGGCUGAGAGUGCCCUUUUGGAGCCCCAAGUGAGAAGAUACAUCAUCUACAACUCGAGGCCCAUGCAGCUGGCCUUUGCUGUGGUUUUCUACAUGGUGGUAUGGGCCAAUAUCUACUCCACCAGCCAGAUGUUUGCCCUGGGCAACCACUGGGCAGGCAUGCUGCUUGUGACCCUGGCUGCCGUGAGCCUCACCCUCACUCUCGUGCUCGUCUUUGAGAGACACCAGAAGAAGGCCAACGCCAACACGGACCUACGGCUGGCGGCUGCCAAUGGAGCCCUCCUGAGACACCGGGUGCUGCUGGGGGUGACGGACACGGUGGAGGGGUGCCAGAGCGUGAUUCAGCUCUGGUUUGUCUACUUCGACCUGGAGAACUGUGUGCAGUUUUUGUCGGAUUAUGUUCAAGAAAUGAAGACUAGCCAAGAGGAAAUGGCCCGGCAGCUGCUGGCAGUGUUUGGUGGCUACUACAUCCGGCUCCUGGUGACCUCCCAGCUCCCCCAGGUAGUGGGGACAAGACACAUGGACGCUCCGAGGGUUCCAUGCCCCUGCCAGCUCAUAGAAGCCCACAUCCUGGGCACAGGGUGCUGCCCAUUCCUGGCCAGGUGACCUAGGGGUGCAGGUACUCAUCUUGCUCCAAGACUGAGAAGUGGGAGAGGCCUCAUGAUGAGAGAAGCAUGGGUGCACUCUAAAAGGUCAGUCAUCUCAGCAGCAGAGGUGUCUUGCUCACUCCAGGGCUCUGCACAAAAAUGCCUUGUUGAGACUCCAUACUAAACCCUGGCCUUUGCAGAAGCUUAUGGGUGUUGAGCUGGUCACGCUCCAGGCUACUCUCUGUGCCACUCCGAACUGUGGACGUGGAUGGAAGGGCUGGUCUCCCAUCCCUUUCACUGCCCAAGAGCCCAGGAAAUGUGAAGAUAACCAGACCGGGCACAUUGUGUGUCUGAAGCUUGAUCUCAGAUGAUGCUCCCAUUCCCAACCCCUUCCAGUCAGAUGGGGAAACUGAGGCUCAGAGAAGCAGUUGCUCUUUAUGGCAUUGCCUCAUUCCAAGCUGAAAAAAAAGAAGUAAAUUCCCAGAAUUUCCUCCAUUUUUAUGUUUUUCUCUCCCUAUAUUUUAUGAAAAACAGUGGCCCUGUGCUUGUCGUCUGCUAGCACACAGGCCGCAAAAGACAGAGAUGGAAGAUGGAAGACAGAAGAAAGAGAGAAAGGGCAGGUAACUAUUAAUGGGAAUGUUUAGAGAAGACUGGUUCUGAUUGGCUUGAGGACUUCUUUGGUUCAAAGGCAUGCACGCUUGGCCGUGUGGUUUUAUACUGCAGACAUGGAGCCAGCAGUCGUGUUUUCUGACACUAACAUUGUCCCUGCAUGAAGUGUGAUCAGUUACUCGUGCAAUUCUGUGAAAGGCUCAGAGGCUUCUAGGUGUUCUAUUCCCGAACAAGUCUGAAGACCUGUCGUUCCAUAGACCCAAGUCCAAAAGCCCUGGCCUGGCUUCCCAGCCCCCGAGACCGGGACUUCGUUUGCGGUAGUGGCUGUAUCUCUCCCCAAACCCUUCAUAAGCUGAAACUCUUUCCUGGACUGACAUACCUAUUCCUUUCUAUCCGAAGGACUUCUAUUCAUGCUUCAAAGCCCAGCUUUUCUUACCUGUCCUUCAGAAAGCCUUCCAGCAUCACCAGCCCUGCUGCUCUCUGCCUUCUUUAAAUUCUUGACACAGCUUCUGCCUGCACUGAUAUUUUAUGUUAUUGAUUUUAUUUUUCUGUGCACAUGCCUGUUUUACUAGCUAGACUGUAAACUCCUCAAGGACAAAUACUGCACCUUACGUGCAUGACCUGGACCUGCUAAGGAAGAAAAAAUCCUGUGGAUUGAUUGCUUUGCCAUCUGCAUAGCAGUUUCUGCAAAUUGUUCUCCAAAGUCAGUAGAAUGAUGAGAUUGGUAUGGACUUAGGUUCUGGAUCUGAUCUGCCGCUUCUAACUGUGUAACUUUUGGCAAGUCUUUCUUUGGAUGGUCCUCAGUUUGACCAUCUGUAUAAUGGGUGUGUUGGAUGAUUUUUAAGGGCCCUUUGAGGACCAAAGUUCUGAGAAUUUCCAGCUUAUUUUGCUCCCUCCUAGCCCUUGGCAUGUCUGUCUGUUAUGCCUUUAUCUACACAAGGUCCUACAGCCCCACAUGGCUGAAAUAUCCUGGGCCUGAUAGUGCCCUUAGACAGAACACUGGCUUAGCUAGCAGCAGACCUGGAUUCAUGUCCCAGAUUUGCUGCUUCCUUGCUGUGUGAACUUAACUAAGUCACUUAACUUCCCUGAGUGUCAGUUCACUCCUUUAUAAAGUGGAUCUGGUGAACAUGAAAUGUAAUAAGCCAAGUGACUUGCCGUGUAAGAGAUGGGUCUGACUAUUUGCAUUUUCUGUGCCAGAGAACAGAAAUCAGUUGUAAACCAACUCCUGGAAGUGGCUGUUUUAGGCAUUUAUCUUUAGCUAAGCCUGAGGGCAGCUUUACUCAAUGAAAUUAUUCACAAAGGUGAUCACUGU